UUGCUGAACAUGUUAGAGGAUAUUUCUUUUAUCCAAGUGAACUGGGCUGGACAGUAAGGACAUCUAAACAGUGGUUUCAGUUUUUGAGAUAUGGGACCUGAAAUCCUGAAUUCCUCAAAUGAAGUCAUCAGCUUUGGUGGAAAAAGCGCUUUCACACAAACGGAACACAACAUUGUUGCUGGAUACCUCAUUGCUGCAUGUGUGAUCAGUUUGUCCAGUAAUCUUGUGGUGCUAAUUAUGUUUGUAAAGUUUAAAGAACUGCGUAAUGCCACCAAUGCCAUCAUCAUCAAUCUGGCUUUUACUGAUGUUGGAGUAGCAGGCAUCGGUUACCCCAUGUCUGCUGCUUCGGAUCUGCAUGGCAGUUGGAAAUUCGGGUACACUGGUUGCCAGGUCUAUGCUGCCCUAAACAUAUUCUUUGGGAUGGCCAGCAUUGGACUGCUCACUGUGGUAGCCAUUGACAGAUAUAUUAGCAUCUGCAGACCUGAUAUUGGCCAAAAGAUGACGACACACUCAUAUACACUGUUGAUUAUGGCUGCAUGGCUAAAUGCAGUGUUCUGGUCUGCCAUGCCAAUUGUGGGUUGGGCUGGAUAUGCACCUGAUCCAACUGGAGCUACCUGCACAAUCAACUGGAGGAACAAUGAUGCGUCUUUUAUCUCAUACACAAUGGCUGUGAUUUUAGUUAAUUUUAUCAUACCACUCUCUGUCAUGCUGUAUUGCUAUUACAAUGUUUCAGUCACCAUGAGAAGGUACAAGGCAGGCAACUGCCUAGACAGCAUAAACAUUGAUUGGUCAGACCAGAAAGAUGUAACUAAGAUGUCUAUUGUGAUGAUUGUGAUGUUUUUGUUGGCCUGGUCUCCUUACUCUAUUGUGUGUCUUUGGGCAUCAUUUGGCGAUCCUAGAAAGAUUCCUGCACCGAUGGCAAUCAUCGCCCCUCUCUUUGCAAAGUCUUCCACCUUCUACAACCCCUGCAUCUAUGUUAUCGCCAACAGGAAGUUUAGAAGAGCCAUCAUGGGGAUGCUGCGAUGCCAGACACGAAGACAUGUCACCAUCAACAACCAUGUUCCUAUGACCAUCUCUCAAUUGCCUCUCAACCAGUAAUCUGUGAUAAUACUGACAGAGCCCAUCAUGUCCUUUGCUCAGCGCUGGACGCUGAUACUUUCUUGCACCAUAUAUAGCACCAUAGUAUGUAAAGUAGAUUGUUUGCUACUACUGUAGAUGUAAGUUGAAAAGGACUUGACACAAGAAAAAUAAAAAUAUUCGAAAAAAAUGUAUGACCCCAGUGAUAUUUUACACUAAAGUUUACAA